AUGGAUGUUAAUAAGGGUACAACACAGGGGAGCGUAAGUGGCCCCUACCUUUUUAAUAUUUCCCUAAAUGAUUUAGAGGUGGACAUAGACGGCGAGAACGCUCUUUUUAAAUAUGCGGACGAUUCAAAUAUAAUAGUGCCAGUUUGGAGUGAGGGUCCUGAUACAUCAACAGAUACAGUUGGACAAUUCCUGAGCUGGUCUGAUGAUAAUUUUAUGACUUGUAACCCUGGUAAAUGUAAAGAGCUUAUCAUCCGGAAGAAGGGAUAUAAUGAUCAACUUGACAAUGUUUAUAAUAUACCCCAAUGCAAAGAACUUCCCAUUUUAGGUACUACUUUUCAAGACAAUCUCAAGUUCACCAGCCAUGUGCGAGGUAAAUUGGUCAAAGCAAACAAAUACUUGUACGUUAUACGAACACUCAGGGCAGAAGGCUAUAGCCAAUGUGAGAUAGAUUAUCUAUUUAAGACCCUAGUAAUAUCUACUAUAACGUUUGGCCUGUCCGUCUACGGUUCUUCUCCAGCCGAACUCAAUACUCUACAACGGUUUUUUGACAGAUGUUUUAAGCGAAAGUAUAUAUCAGAACCUGUAAAUAUUAGAUAUCUUUUAGAAAUACAAGACAGAAAUAUUUUUAAAGCUUCUGUAAAUCAGAAGAGUGCCAUAGUCGACUUGAUACCAAGAAAAAAAUCCACAAGCUACUCUUUGAGGACAGAGUUUAGUCAGUAUCCAAGAGUGAACACGGAACGUUUUAAAUUGUC